AUGUCUAUACAAAGAAGUGCCCUCUCAAACUCUCACCGUCGGGAUUUCUCAGUGCCACGAACAUCAUCCGCCAACGACCGUCGAUACGCCGACAUCAAGAUGGUCAACCUUACCACCCAGAAGCGCCUCGCCGCCUCCGUGGUCGGCUGCGGCAAGCGCAAGAUCUGGCUCGACCCCAACGAGAUGAGCGAGAUCUCCAACGCCAACUCCCGCCAGACCAUCCGCAAGCUCGUCAGCGAUGGCCUGAUCAUCCGCAAGCCCGUCACCAUGCACUCCCGUGCCCGCGCGCGUGAGCUCAACGAGGCCCGCCGUAUUGGCCGUCACCGUGGCCUGGGUAAGCGCAAGGGUACCAAGGACGCCCGUAUGCCUAGCCAGAUCCUCUGGAUGCGCCGCAUGCGUGUUCUCCGUCGUCUGCUCGUCCGCUACCGUGCCGCCGGCAAGAUCGACAAGCACCUCUACCACGAGCUCUACCACCUGAGCAAGGGUAACACCUUCAAGCACAAGCGUGCCCUCGUUGAGCACAUCCAGAAGGCUAAGGCUGAGCGUGCGCGCGACCGUGUCCUCCGUGAGGAGAUGGACGCUAAGCGUGCCAAGAACAAGGCUCUCCGUGAGCGCCGGUUGGAGCGCAAGGAGGCUAAGCGCGAUGCUCUGAUCAACGAGACUCAGGAGUAA